CUUGUCUCCUCUUCCUCCCGAUUCCAAAGCUGCUCUCGCCCCCAGAAAUAAAGCAGCUCCUCCCGGGGGCGGCGAACCACUCCCCAUCGCCAAAACCCUAGCCCCGAUCCGAUCGAGGAGCGCUGCUUCCUUCCCAUGGCGGGAACCGCGAGCCAGGCGAGCCUCCUGCUCCAGAAGCAGCUCAAGGAUCUUGCGAAGAAUCCCGUGGAUGGGUUCUCCGCCGGGCUGGUGGACGAUAGCAACGUCUUCGAGUGGCAGGUCACCAUCAUCGGACCGCCUGACACCCUAUAUGAUGGAGGCUACUUCAAUGCAAUAAUGACCUUCCCCCAGAAUUAUCCCAACAGUCCACCAUCAGUAAGAUUUACUUCUGAGAUGUGGCAUCCUAAUGUUUAUCCUGAUGGACGUGUGUGCAUUUCAAUUCUUCAUCCACCUGGUGAAGAUCCCAAUGGCUAUGAACUUGCAAGCGAACGGUGGACACCAGUGCACACGGUUGAAAGUAUAGUUCUGAGCAUCAUUUCGAUGCUCUCUAGUCCAAACGAUGAGUCUCCAGCGAACAUUGAAGCGGCUAAGGAUUGGAGAGAAAAGAGGGAUGAGUUCAAGAAAAAGGUAAGGCGCAUUGUUCGCAAAUCUCAGGAAAUGCUCUGAAGGAGGGCCAUCUGGGGAGUUUAACGAGUGCUGCAAUCGGUGCUGUUCACUAUCAAUCACCCGAUGCCCACCUGAUGCCCGCAUUUCGGCUUCUCCCCUGUAUAUUUCCCAUUCAGUGUCAUUAGUAUGGUGGUGUUGGUCUCUUCGCCAGAGAAACUCGGGAAUGUUGCUUAUCCUAAAAAUUCGAUUGUAUUAUGUGGCAUGGAGUGGAUGUUGAAAAUGUUUUGAACAUGAUGCCACCUGAUCAUGAUUUUCGUGAUGAACAUCAUAAAAAAGAAGUGACUUGCCUAAUGCAUCUUAGUUUGACUUU